AUGGCGAACAGAGUGACAAAGUAUUACAUAAAACAAAUCACAAGACGUUUUGCUACAUCGAUCCAGCUACCACAAAGUGAUUUUGUGCCCAAAUUUUACUCGGGACCAUCGAUUCAAAAAACGGACGCGAUAAAAUCAAUUAAUAUACCACCAGCUGUGUACGAUUUAUACAAGAAACCGCUUAUCUUACAUCAAGGUCACAUGCAAUGGUUGUUUGACCACGAAGGACGAAGAUAUUUGGACCUGUUUGGUGGAAUCGUCACAGUCUCUGUUGGACACUGUCAUCCGAAAGUCUCAUCAGCUUUACACGAGCAAAUCGAUACACUUUGGCACGUAACAAACAUUUAUCGACAUCCCAAAUUAUACGAGUACGUUGAGAAACUGGUGUCGAAAUUCCCCGGUGAUUUGAAAGUAGUGUAUUUAGUAAAUAGCGGAACAGAAGCUAAUGACCUUGCUAUAAUAUUAGCUAAAGCGUACACGGGCAACAAUGACGUUAUAUCUCUUCAGAGUGGCUACCACGGCUGUUCCAGCGGUCUGAUGGGACUUACAUCUACCCAAGCCUUUCGACAACCGAUGAUCACACCGGCCGGAUUUCAUAACGCAUUACUACCAGACCCAUACCGAGGCAUAUGGGGUGGAUGCAGGGACUCUCUGUCACAAGUGCCAGGCGCCUGUUCCUGUCCAGGGGAUUGCGAAUCAUCUGAUAAAUACGUGCAUCAACUUAGUGAGCUUUUAGGGAAUUCAGUGCCUGUCGAUCGAGUGGCGGCGCUGUUCGUGGAAAGCAUACAAGGUGUAAACGGCGCGGUACAAUAUCCGAAAGGCUAUCUGAAAAAAGCUAGCGCCCUGAUUAAGAAAUAUGGUGGAGUACUUGUAGCUGAUGAGGUACAAACUGGUUUUGGUCGUACAGGAGAUUCCUUUUGGGGCUUUCAAAAUCAAGGCAUUACACCGGACAUAGUUACUUUAGCGAAAGGAAUAGGCAACGGUUUUCCUUUAGCUGCGGUUAUUACAACAAAGGAGAUAGCUAAUGCUCACACUAGAGCAUCGUAUUUCAAUACUUUCGGAGGGAACCCACUAGCAGCUGCGGCCGCUAAAGCUGUUUUAGAAGUUAUAGAAGAAGAAAAUCUCCAGGAAAACAACAAGGUUAUCGGCAAAUAUUUCAUUGAACAGUUAAUGCAGCUUCAAAAGGUUUACCCAAUCAUCGGUGACGUGCGAGGAAAAGGUUUGAUGUUGGCCAUAGAACUUGUUGUUCCCGGAACGAAGACGCCGCUAUGUCAAGAACAAUUCGCAAAUGUUUUUGAAACUAUAAAAGAUCUUGGGAUAUUGAUAGGACGAGGUGGACGGUGGAAUAAUGUUCUAAGAAUAAAACCACCUAUGUGCAUUACUAGACAAGAUGUGGACUUUUCUAUAUCUGUCCUCGAAGAAGCAUUAAAACGGCACAAAAAUUAA